AUGAAAGGAAGUGAUAUGGAGGUACAAUCAUGGCCUCUUAUAAGGCUAUUUGUUAUGUUAAUUUGGGGACAUUCACUAUUGGUUAGUGCGAAGACCCAUGUUUUCAACUUUACCACAGGGUGGGUAACUGUUAAUCCAGACGGUAUGGGAGAACGCCAAAUGAUUGGUUUCAAUGGUGAAUGGCCACUUCCUGAUAUCCAUAUUAACAAGGGAGAUCGUGUGGAACUUUAUCUAACAAACGGUUUUGAUAAUUUAACAACAUCACUUCAUUAUCAUGGUCUCUUCAUGAGCACUGAACAUGGGAAUUCUGUCCAGAUGGACGGUCCUGAAAUGGUUACCCAAUGUCCUAUUCAGCCGGGAGACACUUUCCUCUACAAUUUUACAGUUCCCGACCAGGUUGGCACUUAUUGGUAUCAUUCACACUCGGGCUCACAAUACACGGAUGGUAUGAGAGGAGCUUUUGUGGUUCAUGAUCCAAAUGCACCCUUUGAAUAUGAUGAGGAUAUGACUAUUUUGGUCUCGGACUUAUAUGACAAGCCAUACUAUAAAAUUAUGGAUUCUUUUUUGAGUCGUUAUAACCCAACAGGAGCGGAACCUAUCCCUAGGAAUGUAUUGUUCAAUCAUACCACUAACUAUACCAUGCAUUUUGAUACGGAUAAAACAUACUUAAUCAGGUUAAUUAACGGUGGCACUUUUGUGUCGCAAUAUUUCUUUAUUGAAGAUCAUGACAUGACUAUAGUUGAAAUUGAUGGUACCUAUGUUCAGCCAACGAAAUCCAAGUUAAUCUACAUCGCAGCAGGUCAAAGAAUGAGUAUACUGGUUAAAUCAAAACACACAAAAACAAAAAACUUCGCGUUCAUGCAAAUCAUCGAUGAAUCAAUGCUUGAUGUGCUCCCUCCUGAAUUACAACUCAACAGAACCAAUACCAUAUCUUAUGAUUCCGAGCUCGGUCCAGCCAAACAAGCGUAUAUUGAUUCUUUAGAUGAAUUCACCAACGACUUUGAUUUGAUACCGCUUCAUAAAAAAGAAUUACUUCAUGAAUAUGACUAUCAAAUAAAACUAAAUGUUGAAAUGGAAAAUUUGGGUGACGGUAUUCAAUAUGCCUUCUUCAACAAUAUUACUUACGUGGCACCAAAGGUUCCUACUCUUCUAACGGCCUUGAGUGCCGGUGAACUAGCUACUAAUGCGGCCAUUUACGGGGAUAACAUCAAUGCCUUCGUAUUAGAACACGGUGAGGUUGUUGAAGUUGUUGUUAAUAAUCACGAUUCGGGUAGACACCCGUUCCAUAUGCAUGGGCACAUAUUCCAAGUCGUUCAGAAAUCGGAAGGUAAAGAAGAUGGGGAAGAACCUAUCGAUUACGAUGAAAAGAAUCCCGUUUCACCAUACCCAGAUUAUCCUAUAUUGAGGGAUACAGUCGUCGUAGAACCACUUGGGCAUGUUGUACUAAGGUUUAAAGCUACAAAUCCUGGUGUUUGGCUUUUCCACUGCCAUGUGGACUGGCAUUUAGAGCAGGGGUUGGCAGCAGUUUUCAUUGAAGCACCUUUACUAUUACAAGAAAAAGAAGAACUAACUGCAAGUGUUUUGAAUACUUGUAAGACCGGUAAUAUCCCAGUCAGAGGCAAUGCAGUAGGCGAUGAAAAAGACUGGUUUAAUAUGAAUGGUCUUCCAAAGCAACCAGGACCUUUACCAAAAGGAUUCACCUUUAAAGGUUACUUUGCAUUUAUCCUUUCAACGCUAGUUGGGGUUUGGGGGAUCUUCACAAUCACAAAAUAUGGAUUGGGUGAAGUUGUUCAAGACGAAAAAGAACUCUUAAUUCAUCUUAAGUCUGUGUUAGAAAAUUCUUAG